CUUCCACACCGCAUACUAAUAAAGUUUGCGGGGGGAGGGAGGACUGGGAGGACUGGGAGGACUGGGGGUUGAGCAGCAGCACAGAAGCAAUCGCGCAUUGGAGAAAGCUUCAACAGCAAUGACUUUCAUACGGAUUGUUUUUGUUCACCGGUUAUCAUCAUUCCUGCCGAUAUAUCAUUUAUUCUUUUGUUGCUUUUGUUUCUAUAGCCUACCUGCGUAAGCUCUUCCACGUUGUAUUCUGACAUUAUAAUUUACAUCUUAGGAGAUUUUUUUGGAACUAAACGAAUCGUUGAUGAUGUAGUUAUAAAGGAAAACCCCUGCACAGAGCAUUAGAUUAAAUGUGCAUGAACAUAGAUGAAGGUGGAUGGAAUAGUCAUAGUUAAUUAACUGAUACUCCUUGCUUUCGUCUUGUCGGAAUACAGCUGUCUUAAUGUUGAUUUGAGUUUAACCCACUGAUUGAGAUUUUUUUGGAUGCGGUGGUGUGUUACAGAAGUACUUGUUUUAUCCAAAGCGGAAAAUGUAACGGUUUUAUUGAACGCUGUAUGUCCGUGUCGCCAUCACUCAUAGUCCUCCACUGCGCCAGGAUGGAGCGAUCGCCACGCUGGAGAUGACGCAAAUGACCCAGCUCUCCCCAAAAAAAGUGCUUCAAGACGAACAUGGCGGCAACUUAGCACAGGACCAAAGAUGAUUCUGACUGUCAACCGCAAAAGCCCGAGGCCAUCCGCCCAGAUCCGGUCCAGGAAAUUCGGCGGGCCACAGCGCGGAGUUCUCGCCUUCCCUUAACGAACGCCGAUAGAGGGAGAGGAGGAGACGAAGAGGCGGCAUCCCAGCGACUCAUUCACGGUGGAAAGGAGAGGAGAGGAGGAGAGGAGAGGAGAGAGACAUGCUGGCGCGGAGGAGCGGGCUUUCCUCCCGAGAGCCACGAACUACGGGAAUAUGCCAGCGUGAGCUUCGUUCUCCGUCCAUGCAUUAAGUGAACUGGAAUAGGGGCUCGACACAGAAACAGAGAGAGAGAGUGAGAGAGAGAGAGAGAGAGACGCGUUUACAAGGGAAAAAAUCCAUCUAGUCCACCCCCCAAAGUCAAUGAAUAUUGUGGCAGAGGAGCCGUCGCGGUGGAGUCGGCCGGCGCCGCGCUUUCCUAAAAUAUGACCAGGGGUGCUCGGACGUGUCGGCAGCAAGAUGACGGCUUAAACAUCCGCUCUGCACCCCGCCAGGACGAGAAGCCAUCCGCCGAUUCGGAACGGGCCCAGCGAUGGCGAAUGCGCUUGGCCUCCUUCUUGUUUGCGAGCGUCCUGCUCGCUGAUCGCCUGUGGCUGUGCGCCGCGGCCGAACGGACGAGCACUGAAGGCGAGAGACGGAACGCGGUGCCGUUCAGGGACACGGGGGAUCAGGAGUACCGAUCUUCUCACGGCACCACUGACUAUACUCAUCCUUUCGCAGGGAAUUCUAGCACACCUCUGUGGAGACUGGAAGCGUGCCACCCCGACAGCGUCUCCAAAAGCUGCUUCACGGUGGCGAACGCCGAGGCCGCGUGUUCGGGCCUCUCGGACGCCGAGUGGAAUCUGAGUGAUUUGUACCUGUCCUUUUGUGAUUCCUACUCCCUUUUGGAUUUGUUUUACGGGUUCUCGAGUCCGGACAACGUGAGCUGCGGCCACAAUAUGUCGGCGUGUUCCCGGUGCGUCCGGGCUUUCCAGCGCCUCGACCGGCUAGCUCAGGAUAGGUACCAUGAGUUUGAGCUCCUGGUUCAGAAAUACGAAACGGACGCGUAUUCGGUGCGGACAUGCAUGGAUGAAUGCACGACUGUCUACAAACACUGGCUGUGUUUCCAGUACUUCCAGACUACACAGAUGCAUUGCAGCAACAGGAUCCCAUGCAGACAAUACUGCCUGGAGGUCCAGCAGAGGUGUCCCUUCAUAUUGCCUGACAAUGAUGAGUUAAUUUAUGGUGGAAGCCCUAGUUUUAUAUGCACAGGGCUCCUGGAAGAAAGCCCUUCGGACGUAGAAGCAGAGUGCUGUGACGUUCGAUGGGACAGCAAGUCUGACAACAGCUCCAAAGGGACUUACAAAAGAACUCACCCGUCAUGCCAGCACGGGACGUCCCUGAGCUCGUCAGCAAACUCCAGACUGUGCAACAGCAGGCUCAAACUCUGCCUGCUAGUCCUGGUCCUGCUUCAUACUGUGGCCACAAUCACAGCCUCCCACAACCUCAGCACCAUGUCCUCCCUGGAGGAGAGCUCCACCAACGAGGAGUGACGAAGCAGACGGUCAUUACAGCCAGCAAACGUCAGGACUCAGUCCAGCUCGGGAUCGACUGCAGUGAUUUCUGGGACUCCUAGUGCAGGACAGGAUUACUGUGGACAUGCAAUCAACAAAGCAAACAAACAGACAGACAGACAGACAGACUCGCAAAACAUUAAAGAACACUGGACAAACCUAAUCCAAUGUCAUGAACAAGGGACAACACCACAGCCUUUUGUUGAAAGAGACCUCUCUAGGGUGGAGUUCUCUCGCACCAUAUUUUUUACACUGUGUCAAAUGGUUUGGAUUUCAGUUGCACUAGAUGACUACAGGAUCUCUUCAUGUUCUCGUUUUUCUUUUCAUUACUGGUCUUUGUGCAGGAAAGGAUGGGGCAUGAUGGGUUAUGUGUAUAUUAUCAAAAUGAAAUUACGAGUGUGUGCAUGUGUGUGUGUAUGUGUGCAUAUCUGUGCCCAACCAUAUGCUUCAUAUAUGCUGCUCUGGCCAUCACACGGAUUACUACGGAGCCUAGAAAACAGUUUUAAUAAGUCGGAAAGUACAAAAUCUAAUUAAUUGAAUGUCAAAAAUCCUCGGCUGAAACCCAGCAUUCUGAUUCGCUAAUCAGUUCUCUCUUACUAUAGUUGACUUUGCGUACAGUAGUUUUGCCAUUGCAGUGCCACUGGGACAGUAGGUCAAGACGUUUCAAGGCUCCAGAUAUAUGUGUGCAAUAUACAGAAAAAAAAGCUAACUGGAAGUAGAAGUGCUUGCUGAAAAAGCCUUUGUCAAAUUGUCAUCUUUGGAAUAUGAUUCACUACCCGAGGUAAAUGUUUCCUCUUUUGUAUGUCCACUCAACCUGCACAAAAGCAUACACUCCCUAAGUCUGCUUUUUCUUUUUCCUACCCUUAGUAGUAUAUUUAUAUAGAUAUAUUCUCUACUCUAUAUUCGAUAACUGCAUGUUAUUACUAAUGUUUAGACUAAACAGUCUAAAUUUUAUUAAUAAACCCAAAUGGUAUGAAGACGUUCGUAGCGCAGUGCGUUUGAAGCAGAUUUCAAAUGACUCUCGAAUUGACUCCUGAUUUUAUUUGGAAUGUGGACAUAGCCAGAAAGAACAUAACCAUACGAUGCAUCCAUUGCUUUGCUGAAUAUCUCAGAUCAUCCACAGUAAAGGGCUUUUUCAUUGUUUACACAUGCACACAUUCACACACUUCUGCAAUUCUUGCUUGUAGAGAGUAAUAUGGCAUGGACAGCUCAGCUGCAAUUUUAUUCAUCCUAAAAUAGAUACGUAUUAAUAAAAAAAUAUUUGUUGCUGCAUAGUUGUGAUGAUCAACCACAUAGUCAUGCAGCUCCCUAUGGCCAGGUCCCUUGUGAGUGACCCAAAGAUAUGAGAGUUGUUAUUUUUCUGUCUUUCUUUCUUUUCUCUCUCUUUUUUUUUUUUUUUUGACUGAGCAGGAGCAGAGGAGGAGAUGCUAAGGGCUGAUUUCCUGUUUUUUUUUUCCCUUUUUCUACAGUUAUACUCUGACAAUUAUGAGGUACAUUCAUAUUCAUAAUGGCUCAGAGACACAAUAAUAAUUAGCAUUUUAAGAGCAUGGGUGUUUGGAUUUGUACUUUUUGAUUAAUCUGAGUCACAUUCAAUAGCUUGGGCUCCAAACAGCAUUCUUAGGCCAGCGGCAGAGACAGGGUCAGCAACUUUCAUUCUGCAUUACAACAAAAUAUUCAAAUAUAUUGAAAUAUAUUGCUAACUAGGAUGGAUUCAUUGGUUUCUUUUCUAUAUCUUUUAUAGAUAUGUGGAUUUGGGAUUUUAGGUGUUCCUCUUUAUUUUUAGGGGAAAAGAACAUGAAUGAAACUGCUGAUGUUCUACGGAAGACAUUCAGCAUGAACAAAUUUAAGAGUUUGUUCAUCUUCUCACAUAUACAACACCUUUGGAAGAUCUUUUUGUAAAGGAAACAAAGUUUUAAAGGGGUGGCAGAUGAAGUAGAUUAAAUCUUUGACCUCAGUAGCCUCUAAACUUUAUUGUACUUCUGCAAAAUUUCAUCAUUUUCAAUAUAAGACAUUAAACAUUAAACUACAAUGGGUUUGAAACUAAGAUUUUUUUUUCACUUCACCAGAGUCACACUGCAGUUGAAGUUGCUGAUUUAUUUUUGGAGACUAAAUUAAUUGCCCAUUCAACAGAUUUUGGUUUGAUGGAAAAUUAAUCCUAAAUGAAUGAGCUGAGACAUAAAUUAGUAAAACAGUCACAACCUUCAAUUUCUUUCCAUCAAAUUUCAUUUCACUUCCUAAGCUCACAAGAAUAAUACGAUUUCCUAUAAAUCAAGGGAAAAUUUAUCGCAUACACUUUGAAAUAUUUUGGAAAAUUGGAUAACAUAAUAAUGGUAUGUUGCCUUGGAACACAGAGGUGCGUUUUAUUAGUAACUCAAAUUCUGGGUGAAGUGUGAGAACUGGGGAAAAUUGAAAACAGUAUUAAAAACAUGGCUCAAAAAAAGACAUUCCUAGUUCACUUUUUAAACUUUCCUAACUGGGAAGCUCUCAAUUCUUUCCAGUGACCCAAUACAAAAAGAAACUAAGGUCAUGAGAAAAAGUAAAAGGAUUAAAACUAACAUAAAUAUGGGUAGGAAAUGUACUAGAUCAUUCAGGUGGCCAUGUGAGGCAUGGCUUUGGUACAACAAGGACCUGUCUGAUGAAUAAUUAAAAGAGACCACAGAGAGAUGGCCCUCCUGAGAUCUUAUUAGUGUACUCAUAACACUAGAGCCUCUUUUGAGACCACCUGCUCUGGAAUGGCACAGAGAGACAGAGAGAGAGAGUGAGAGAGAGAGAGAGAGAGAGAGACAGAGAGAGGGAAUUAUUCACCUCAUACACCUCCUCUAGACACACACACACACACACACAGCAGAUACACACUAAUCCUCAAAUAAACAGUUCCAUCCCUUCCAUCUGGACCUGUCAAGACAAAGGAGAAGGGAAUAGAACAAGCAAGAAAAAGACAGAUGAGACAAUGAUAAGAAUGAUAAUAGGAAGGGAAGCCAUAGCAGAUAGUAGAGACACACCCCCUAAAAAAUGUGAGGAAAAGUCUGACGCUUUAGGCUAGGUUGAGUCUUUUAAAAACUCAGCAGCAGAAGCACAUGAACAAAGUUACGCUGAGACACGCCCAUCUCUGGAAUCCUUCACCUACUCUGUGUGUACACUGUGUGUACAAUAAAUAUCAGGAAGAAACGCCAAAACCACAAGGUCUGCAAUGUUACCGUAUAGGUUAUGUCACUCAGCCGAACUUUGAUGAGCAAUGAUGUUGAGUGAGACGAAAUUUACAGCUACCCCCAUGUCACUGCAUCAGCAAACCAAAUCUGUGAAUGAUUUCACUUUAAAUGCAGGAACCCAAAAUGAGUCUGAAUCUCCUUGUAACAUUUCACAACAUGUAUGCGUUUGUUUACUGUGCCUCAGUGACCCUCAGUGACGCUAAAUACCACUAAACCUACAAGUAUGAUGUAUUUUAUGCUUGCACACAUGCAGUAUAUGUGCAUUUUCAGCUAUAAAUACAACUGUGUACGUAGUGGAUCAUCACCAUACAUCAGUUUCACUUAGCAAGCAGAAAUACUUUCUCCUCUCUCUCUCUCUCUCUCUCUCUCUCUCUCUUUCUCUCUCUCUCUCUCUCUCUCUCUCUCUCUAUCCUGUGGACCUAUGCAGCCCUGAACCUCAGUCGUUUUUCUGUUGUAAAUAUGUUAUAAGAAUGCUUAUUUACGUGUGGUUCUGUUUCCUCUGGAGAUUUCCUUGCAUUCUGAAUUUGUGACCUUUUUUAUUCCUCUUUUGGAAGUGUCUGAAUUUUUAUUUUUUUGGUUCGUUUCGACUGAGAAUUAUUCUGAGUGGUGUGGUUUAACCAUAAGGACUAUCCUCUGAAUCACAACCUCAGCACCUGAAGGCUGUGAUUAUAAAUUGAAAAAAAAAAAACAAAAACAAAAGCAAAACAACACAAAAAAGAAUAAAAAAGUUAAAAGGCA